CUGCCAAACGGUGUGUGAAUGCAGUGAUUGACUUAACUAUUGAUUUGCACUUUAAGUGAAUUGUCAUUAGUUUUUUAAAUCAUGUCUAAGAAGCACUUGAAGAGUAAGCGAAUGUAUCAAAUGGUAUCUCAUUUGUCAGAUGCAGACAAUUACGAGGAAGAAGAGAGCAAUAGUGGACCGGUAGACAUAUGGGAACCAUUGGCCACAUCUUCGAGUGGGGGAUCGCUUGUGUCCGACGACUUAGAAGAGGAGACACUGUCAGACUCGACCACUACUCACACGCCGUACUCAACUACAAGUGGCUCCUCAUUAGGUACACCAUCUGUGAUGACAUGUGAUGGCGACAUCAAGAAUGAGAUCAAUGAUAUGGAAAUGACUGAUAACGAGGAGGUGUGUCUAAUCACCACUAAUGACUUGGAUUCAAAUGUCAUGAAAUGCACGAAAAAAGUAAUGACAUCAUCGAUGGCCACAAUUAACACACUAUCCAAAAGAAAUACACUUAAAGAGUCAAUAAUAGAUGACUGGCCUCUGUCUGCAAAUACAACAAAUAUGAACAACACUUGUGUCACAUCAUAUCCAUUACAAAGAUUAUCGCUUCAUAUGAAUGAUACUUCUGUACGCUUUACUAAUAACUCAUCAAUUGUACAAAAACAUCGAUUUAUUCAUAAAAGAAGAUAUCAAGAGAUGUCAUCAAAUGGUUCUUUAGGCAAGACAUCAGAUUCAGUGCCAUCAGUGCCACGAAAGGCUGUUCGCCGUAUAUUCACAAAUAGCAGAGAGCGCUGGAGACAACAGAACGUCAACGGAGCCUUUGCUGACCUCAGACGACUAGUGCCCACAUAUCCUCCCGACAAGAAAUUAAGCAAAAAUGAAAUACUAAGACUUGCCAUCAAAUAUAUUAAACUAUUGAUGGCUGUUCUCGACUAUCAGAAACAAGAAGAAAGAUUGCCAAUUGAGAUGAAUCACAAUAUUAUAAGUGAUUUAAAUGGCAAUAAGACAUCUCAUGAGUUAAUUAAUCGAUUCAACGAACAUAACAGAGUCCACAACAAUCAAAGAACUAAACAAAAUACAAGAAAACGACGAUUUUAUGGCUGUACCACAAAUAAAGGACACGAAUCACCAUCGAGUUCACCACUCAGGGACUGUGAUUCACCAUUUCUAUUAAGUACUGAAGAAUCAAAUCUUAGUAGUGUUUCGGCCGAUGAAAGCGAUUAA